AUGUUCAGCACACUCAGACUCGAAAUGACCAAGCGCGUCCACGCCAAGACCACCACCCAGUCCACCUCUGAAGCCAUCAACGAAGCUCAGAAACACAAGCAAGAGGCCGCCUCCACCAACUUCCCCAAAACUUCCCCAGCUAACGAAAUCGCCCACGCUGCCCUGGAACCAGUGCCCAGAUGGGCUUGUGACCAGAUAGCAGAGGUGAGCCGCCUUUGCGAAGGAAACAGAGAAAUGGCCCUUCACGAGGCGUACCUUAGAGCCAUUGAAAAAGACCCAAAAUGCCAGCUUCUGGAGCUCGUCAAGGAAAUCGCCUACAUGGUGUACUGUGGGAGCCGUUCCCAGGUGCAACCCAGAGAGACCUUUUCCCACCACUGGGAUGCUCUCCUGGAGCAGCCAGUCGAGUUUUCAGAAACUACCCAUCCAAAACCCGAAAGCUGCAACUCACAAAGCUGCAACUCCCAAGUCUUCUUUGCUCCACCGGCUUGUGGCUUCUCCGCUGAGUCUCUUCCCCAGACCAGCAGAAGAACCGCCAGAGAGCUCAAAAAACAGCACAAAAAGCUCCGCAAGAUGGAGGCGGAGCGGCUGCUUGAAGAGCUUGUUUUCCGGGCACGUGCGGCCGCUUUCGAGCACGUUCAGGGCAAUUUGGACCGGAAAGUUGCCGAAAAGAAGCACCUCCAGCAGCAGCAGGUGGGCCAUUCGCAGCGGGCCGUUUUCGCUGCUCAGGCCCAGCGCAGGGUGUAUGCGGCCUGGCGCCAUGCGGAAAGAACAAGAGCGACCGAGCACAAACGUGAAGGAAGAAGCAAGAAAAGAGAGUUGAAGAAGAAGGAAUUGGAGCAUGAAGAACUGAAGAAAAAGGAAUUGAAAAAGGCUCCCAAGAAGGUUUUGGAGAAGCCCUCGAAGAACGACUUGAAGAAGACUCCCUCCAAGGAAAGCAGAGCCUGCGCUCCACUGCCGCCACCUCCCGGUGUCUGUGCCACCGCCUGA